AAUAGUCCUCUACUCUACUAUCCAGUUGAUCAGCAAAGAAGGGCUCAAGAAUGACUUUUGAUCACUGAAACCCCAUAACAUUGGCUUCAGUGUUCUCUAUAGAGAAUCCUCCAAUGAUUGAGUAGACAUGCAAAACACAAGGAGAUCUGAACCUGGCAACCCAUGCGGUCAGAAAUGGGCCUCAAGGCUUCUUUGUGAGUGUGCAGAAGCAAUUGCAGAAAAGGAUACAAAUAAGAUCCAUCACCUCCUUUGGAUGUUGAAUGAACUCUCAUCACCCUAUGGUGAUAUUGAUCAGAAAUUGGCCUCUUACUUCUUAAAAGCCCUUUUCUCUAAGGCAACACAGUAUGGUGAACAGUGCUACAAGAAUCUACUUUCUAUUGCAGCAGAGAAGAAAGGCAGCUUUGAGUCUACUAAGAAGAUGAUAUUGAAAUUCCAAGAGGUGAGCCCAUGGACUACAUUUGGUCAUGUAGCUUCAAAUGGUGCUAUCUUAGAAGCUUUAGAAGGGGAGACCAAACUACAUAUAAUUGAUAUUAGCAACACCUUUUGCACUCAGUGGCCUACACUCUUAGAAGCUUUGGCUACAAGGAAUGAUGAGACACCACAACUAAAGCUUACUGUUGUGGUAACCCAAAGUAUGGAAAGGUCAGUACUGAUGAAGGAGAUAAGCCAUAGAAUGAAGAAAUUUGCUAGGUUGAUGGGAGUUCCCUUUGAGUUUAAUGUAGUGAGUGGGUUAACUCACCUAUGUGAGUUAACUAAAGAAGAUUUAAUGGUAGAGGAAGAUGAGGCUUUGGCGAUAAAUUGUAUCGGUGCGCUGCGAAGGGUUAAUGUCGAAGAGCGAGGAGCCGUGUUUCGUAUGCUUCAUGGCCUUAAUCCAAGAGUAGUGACAGUAGUUGAAGAGGAAGCUGAUUUCAGUAGCACAAGGGAUGACUUUAUGAAAUGUUUUGAAGAGUGUUUAAGGUUCUAUAAUCUAUAUUUUGAAAUGUUAGAUGAGAGCUUUGGUUGUACUAGUAAUGAGAGAUUAAUGUUGGAGAAGGAGUGUUCUAGUACUAUUGUUAAUGUUUUGGCUUGUAAUGAUGAGAUGAGUAGCUGUGAAGAGUCUGAAAUAAGAGAAAGAAGUAGCCAAUGGUGCAAUAGGUUGAAGGAAUGGUUCUCUGCAGUUGGAUUCAGUGAUGAUGUUGUGGAUGAUACUAAGUCUCUUCUAAAGAGGUACCGUGCAGGUUGGUCUCUUGGGUUGUCUCAAGGGGAUUGCCCUGGGCUGUUCUUGAUGUGGAAAGAGGAACCUGUAGUUUGGGCUUCUGCUUGGAAACCCUAGAAUCUAUAUCAGAAUCAAGAUUGGAAUUAUGUUCAUUUGGACAAGAGGGAUUAUUCUUGUAAGUUCCUAUGAAACUCAUAAUUUUAUCCCCAUACACGCUCUUAUGUCUUAUUUGUGUCCUGAUUAAUGUUUAUGCUUAGGUAUUAUUAUCUUCUUUAUUGUUUUUCCAUUUUCUUUAAUUUUCUGAUCAUGUUGUUUGAGUAUUCAUGUGUAUCUAUAUGAACUGAUACAUAUUUAAUGAAUUGUGCUUUCCACUCCA